UGUUCCCAUUGUACUGGCAGAAUGGCGGCGACACGUCUCUCACUUCUGUACCGUAUGACAUGGUGCGCGGUGUUAGUCGCCACAGCUUCAGCUUUAUGUCCCAAUGGUUUUGUUCGCCAUGACGAUUCGUGCUACAAGGUCUUCCUGAUACCUACAACGUGGCCAGAGGCGAUCAUAUUCUGCGAAGCAUUUGGAGCUAAACUUGCCGAAAUCUCCACAGCAUCUGAGCAACAGUUUUUGGAAUCUUACCUUGCACCGUUAAAAUCCUCUGUAAACACCAUGGACGUCUGGAUCGGCGGAAGUGACCUCAUCGUUGAAGGCAAUUUCAUGUGGUCUUGGUCUGGAGACCCUAUUGUCUACUCACACUGGGUCCCAGGAGAACCUAAUUCCUUGGGGGACGAGGAUUGCAUGGCUCUCUUCACAUCUCGUAACUUCAUGUGGAACGAUGCCCCAUGCGAGACUAAUCAGAUGUUUUUGUGCGAGAUACCGGGCAGUGCUUAUCAAGGAUCUGCUAUCAUUGGUUAAACUUGGGAACUACUGAAGACAAUUGCAGUAACUGUUUGAAUAAACGCAUUGGAACGAA